UUGGUAUUCGGAAAAACCUUUAUUGCGAUUUCCGACCACUUUUUGCUUUCGACUUGAUUUAAGAUCACUUCCACGUGGUCGGAAAUUCUAUAAUUUCCAGCAGUGACUUAAUUAGACCACAAGGUCAUUGGCAAUAAUCAUCAGUAUAUAUCUUUAUGCAAUAUACCAUAGUUAUUCCUGGCAGCACAUAUCAUCUACGUACGUACGUAGAAACCUUUUUCUUUUCUUCUUUUUUAAAGCAUUAAGAUACUUGAAGAGUACGUUUUUCAUUUUGAUUCUCUUGAUGAUUACCUUAUCUCGAAGCUAGGUAUUGAAGUUAGCUCUUCUACAAGAGAUCAUCAAUUCAUAUACUAUAUAUACAAGACCUAAAUGAACACAAUCCUUGAAAACAAAAUUCAAGAUUAUUAUAAUCAAAAGCAAUCCAAGCAAGGAAUUAAUAUUCUCUUCUUCAUAUCUAUUACACAUGUCAAACCAAGUUCUAUCUCUAUCAACGACAAUGGUUUCACAAAACCAUGCCAUUGAUACUGAGGACGCGAUUAUCAUGGAACAUGUUAAGGCUACACAUGAUCCCAGAGGUGAAAUAAUGGAUGUCGAUACAAGUUCUAUUCUCAAUUUUGUUGAUGACAUUUUCAACUCCGAUACGAUUCCUCAAGAAGCAACGCAAGACAAGUUAAUGCUAAAAGAGUACAUCCAGAAUGAGAUUUCAUCUCAUGUAUUACAACUCUCCUUAAAGGUAGCGUGUAGUUGUUUAAAUAAUGUUGAUAGUCACUCAAUAGCAAUUUGUCUACUAAGUACACUAUCAGUGUAUCCUUGGCACACUAAGGCUGUAAUGAUGCUCACUUCAUUUGCGAUCAUCUAUGGAAAAUUUAAAGUUGUCUCACAAUCACGCCAGCGAAGAGGAUUGACAUACAACUUGGCUCUUUCAAAGCAAAUGUCUUCCUCUAACCCUAAAAACUUAGAGGAUAACUCAAUAAAGUCUGCCUUAGAUCUUGUCAAGCUUAUGGUUGAGCUUAAACAUUCAUCUCCUAUGAUUGUGGCUAACUAUUGGAUAGCAAGAUUUGUUGUUGCUUGUACCAGACUUUGUAUUUUGGACCCCGAGUCCCAAAUUCAACUGGCUGAGCAGUCCAAGUUAUCCACCAAAAUCAAAGAGAUAAUGGCUUCUAGCCACUCACUACUAGAGGCAAAAAGGGCAGAAGAAAAUUAUCAAGCAUUGCUACAUGCUUUUGAUAAUUCUUCGGAUAUUUUGGAGGUUCUUAAAUUAAUAUUUGAUGUAAAAAAUGAUGAAGACGAAGUAAUUCUUCAUCUCAACUGGUUGCUGAAACUUGAUCGUGGAUUAUUACAAAAGGAAAUUUCCCCAUGUCGAUUAGAUCUGUUUCGAGGGAAGGAAGUGUUAUUACUAAUAUCAUCUGGCAGACACUUCCCCUUUUAUGUAUAUGAUGCGCCUAGAGGAGUACAGAUGAUUUGGGUUCCUAUUACAAAGGUUGAGAAGAUGGGCCUACAAAUUAUUCAUAAUUAUGUCCAUCUUUUAGGGAGUGUAAUGAUUCGUCACAAACCGGUUGCACAAGUAUUCAGAAGAUUUCUUGAAGAUAAAUGUUUCCCAAUUUUUCAAGUCGGGGGUGAUCCUAUUGUCAUUUCACUGGACAAACGAGGAAGGUUGGUUCAUUAUAAUGCGUUGCACAUGAUACUGACAUGGAGAUAUCAACUAUAUGAAGAGACAACAAUGAACCAUGAUUUACUCCCUUCGUUAGAAAAUGAGUUGAGGGAAAGGACUUUGGGUGCUGACCGUGUGAUUGGUGAUAUUGACAAACAAAUACACGACUUUGCUAGCCAGGUCCGCAAGAACAUCAACAAUUGGGUGAAUGAUAUUAAGGACAAGAUGAGAAGUUCGUUUCGUUCUUACAAUUACACAAGUGAGGUGGAACAAACUCUAAGUGAUAAAGAAUCAUGGAGCCUUAAACUUGUAGUAUCUGACAUCUUGUACAGAUCCGAAAUUGAUAAGUGGAUUGAUGAUGAAGAGUACAUUUUCUUAUGUGGAGGCAAUAACAAUAAACAAGUUCAAGAACUUAUACUAAAGAUACAGGAAAUUUGUUCCAAAAUCCAAAUGAAUUGGAGAAUUGUAUACAUUGGAAGAAGUGGAAAAACAUUCUUUGAUGAGGAUGUGAUAAGGAUGUGUGAUUCUACAGUCACUUCUGAGCAAAGGAUUAAGGAAUUUUGGACACGACUUCAAAGCAUGGCCUCGUCUAGGAUUCAAUAUUUACUUAAAAUGGGGCUUGACGAAGGGAGUGAUGAAAUUAUGCAAGGCGUCAAAAAAUUGUUAGUUUACGAAGCUGAAGGUUCAACAGUUGGAGUAUGGGCUUUAUUAAGCAAAGAGAAAGGAAUAAUUGCAUGCGAUAUGGGAGAUAAAAUGCUCGGAGUCAUGAAUGAGUACGAGAAGUGGAAAGACAAUGCACAAAUCAAUGGUUUUGAUCGAGCAUUUAAGGAUUGCUAUGAGAUGAUGCUUAGUUCUUCCUCUCCUACUUCGUAUCAACACCCUUAUUGUUUUCUCAAUUAUCCUUCUAAUUUGGAGAAAAUCCCAAACACCCAGUCAUGCCCUCAGUGUAAUCACAAUAUGCAUAAACUUGUCACUUUCUCAUGUUGUCAUACUUUUGUGGAUUGUCCGUAUGAAACAGGAUUUAUUAUUUCUUGGAAGAACCUGAAUUCACUCGGUUUGGGGAUUGGACCCCAAAGCGGAAGUGGACCCCAAAUGCAGAAUUUGGGGAUUGCGGGCAGAGAAGAAUGAAACGGAGGGGGACGCUCGGUUUCGAGGAAGGGGUCGCCAUGGCUUCGUUAAGAAGACGGUUCUAAACCAGGUUGUUGACGCCAUUGCCGCAGAUGUGGGAGAUCCUUGUCUCCUUGAUAAUUUCCUGUUUUUUAAUUAUUAUAAAUGCUAUAAAUAAAUAUUGGGAAUGUUUUGAGUAAUUUUCAUUUUUUUUUUGAUUUUUUUUAAACUAAACG